GCGGCCGAGCGGGAGGCCCGCGCCGCGUCCCGCGCCUCCCCCCAGCCCCGGCCCCGGCCGGCGCGUCGGCACGACCGGCGAUGGAGUAACCGCGGCCGCCGGAGCGGAGCGGAGCGAAGCCGACCCUCGCCGCGCCUGCCGCGCCGCGCCGCGCCUCGCCGGCCGCCCCGAGGAGACCGCGCCCGGCGCUCGGAGGAGGUAGCGCCCGCUCGGCGUCCGCCGGGCCCGCCGGCGCCAUGAGUGAACAGAGUAUCUGUCAGGCAAGAGCUGCUGUGAUGGUUUAUGAUGAUGCCAAUAAGAAGUGGGUACCAGCUGGUGGCUCAACUGGGUUCAGCAGAGUUCAUAUAUAUCACCAUACAGGCAACAACACAUUCAGAGUGGUGGGCAGGAAGAUUCAGGAUCAUCAGGUGGUGAUAAACUGUGCCAUUCCUAAAGGAUUGAAAUACAAUCAAGCAACACAGACCUUCCACCAAUGGCGAGAUGCUCGGCAGGUGUAUGGUCUUAACUUUGGCAGCAAAGAGGAUGCCAAUGUCUUCGCAAGUGCCAUGAUGCAUGCCUUAGAAGUGUUGAAUUCACAGGAAGCAGCCCAGAGCAAGGUUACUGCUACCCAGGACAGCACUAAUUUGCGAUGUAUUUUCUGUGGGCCAACAUUGCCUAGACAGAAUUCACAACUACCUGCUCAAGUUCAAAAUGGCCCAUCCCAAGAAGAAUUGGAAAUCCAAAGAAGGCAACUGCAAGAACAGCAACGUCAAAAAGAGUUGGAAAGGGACAGGUUGGAGAGAGAAAGAAUGGAGAGGGAAAGACUGGAGAGAGAGAGGCUGGAGAGAGAGAGGCUGGAGAGAGAGAGGCUGGAGCAGGAGCAGUUGGAGCGGGAGCGCCUGGAGCGGGAGCGCCUGGAGCAGCUGGAGCGGGAGCAGCUGGAGUGGGAGAGAGAACGCAGAGUGUCAAAUGCCGCUCCAUCUUCAGACAGCUCCCUGUAUAGUGCUCCACUUCCUGAGUAUUCCAGUUGCCAGCCUCCUUCAGCACCUCCUCCAUCAUAUGCUAAAGUCAUCUCAGCUCCAGUGUCAGAGGCCACUCCUGAUUAUGCUGUAGUGACUACUUUGCCACCUACUUCCACACCCCCUACACCACCACUGCGGCACUCAGCAACACGUUUCGCAACAUCUCUAGGUUCAGCUUUCCACCCUGUUCUUCCCCAUUACGCCACAGCACCUCGUCCUCUGAGCAAAAAUUCUCGACCUUCUUCUCCUGUGAACACACCCUCUUCUCAGCCUCCAGCUUCGAAGCCCUGUGCCUGGUCUACUUCCAAUUUCUCGCCCCUUCCCCCGUCUCCUCCAAUAAUGAUUAGCAGUCCCCCUGGCAAAGCUACUGGUCCGAGGCCUGUCCUCCCUGUCUGUGUCUCUUCUCCUGUGCCCCAAAUGCCUCCAUCACCAACAGCACCUGAUGGGCUGCUGGACUCUCUAUCGUGCCCUGUGUCUCCACCACCUACCUCAGGGCCAGCAGCGCCGCCACCUUCCCUUGCAUCGUUCCCACACUGCGGACCACAGGCCUCUCCUCCUCCAGGCACUCCUCCAACCUCAGCUCCCUCCUCCAAGCCCAGUGUUCUCCCUUCUCCCUCUGCAGCUGCCCCUGCCUCUGUGGAGACCCCUCUAAACUCUGAGCUGGGAGACUCCUCUGCUUCCGAGCCAGGCUUGCAGGCAGCCUCUCAGCCGGCCGAGACUCCAGCCCCACAGGGUAUUGUCUCAGGACCACCUGCACCUCCACCUCCUCCUCCACUCCCACCAGGUCCUGCCCAGGCCUCUGCACUCCCUCCGCCCCCAGGACCCCCUCCUCCACCUCCACUGCCAUCUUCUGGGCCUCCUCCUCCACCUCCCCCCCCACCUCUUCCUAAUCAAGUCCCUCCUCCUCCUGUACCACCUCCUGCCCCUCCCCUUCCUGCAUCUGGAUUUUUUUCGGGAUCCAUGUCAGAAGACAAUCGUCCUUUAACUGGACUUGCAGCCGCAAUUGCAGGAGCCAAGCUUAGGAAAGUGUCACGGGUGGAGGAUGCAUCUUUGCCCGGUGUGAACUCGGCCUCGUCUAAAUCAGACAUGGGUCGUGGAAAUGGUCCCCUCCCCUUAGCAGGUAGCGGCUUAAUGGAGGAAAUGAGUGCCCUGCUGGCCAGGAGGAGAAGAAUUGCUGAAAAGGGAUCAACUAUAGAAGCAGAAAAUGAAGAGUCAGAGUCUGUAACUUCUAAGGCCUCAUCAACAAGUACACCUGAACCAGCCAGGAAACCUUGGGAAAGAACAAAUACAAUGAAUGGUAGCAAGUCACCUGUCAUCUCCAGACGGGAUUCUCCAAGGAAAAAUCAGAUUGUUUUUGACAGCAGGUCCUAUGAGUCAUUACACAGACCUAAAUCCACACCCUUGUCUCAGCCCAGUGCCAAUGGGGUCCAGACAGAAAGCCUUGACUAUGACAGACUGAAGCAGGAUAUUUUAGAUGAGAUGAGAAAAGAACUAACCAAGCUGAAAGAGGAGCUCAUUGAUGCAAUCAGGCAGGAACUGAGCAAGUCAAAUACUGCAUAGAGAAGCAAACUAAACAAAAAUAGGACUUUAAUCUGGAGAAAAACAAAAAUUCCUACAAACAACUGUUGACAACAUCCCUACAGCUACGAGCUAUCAGAAGAAAGUGGAAAGAGAGUCAAGGGGAAAACCGCAUCCUCUGAAACCUUCGUACGUUGUGACUCUGGCAAUCAGCUGUUUUCCUCUCCAUUUGCUGCUGCUUUGACCUUUAACACAGGAUGAAAGAGAGUUAUCUAUGAGUUUCCCAUAACAUUUAUGCAGAAAAUAUAAACCCAUCAGGCAAGAUCACCGUGCAUUGAGAUAUUUUCAUGUUGAAAUAAAACCACACAUUUUCCACAACCCAUUGCUAAAAUAAAGAGGAGAAAGGCUUAUGAAGUUUUUUUCCCCCCAGAGGGUGCUGAUGAAGAACUUUAGCAAGUUCUGCUUUUGUAUUGCAAAUGUUUCUCUCAGGUUUGUCUUCCUAUCAUAUUUGGUAUUCCAUGACUAGUUGAGAUCAGCGCCAAGAUGAGGAACGAAUGGAAUUGUGUUCGCUUUCAAAGGAUGACAUUUACAAGAAAGAAUCUGAAAAUGACCUGUCCAGCGUGAGGGAUUAUAGAGUGAUAGGAAGUCUCAAGUUAGCCUUCAUGCAAUUUUGUAGUUUAAAACAUAAAUUCGCCAAGAAUUUACAGAUUUAGAUGCCUUCCUAAAUUGUUACAAUGCUUUACCAAAUCUAUAACUUCUAUAUAAAACAAACCAGUGGUCAAAUGUAAAACAAUAUAUUGUAGAUUUACUGUAGCUUUUCAACCUUUUGUAGACUUCUGCAUGGACAUUUUUAUAAUGUAAUAAGUCACCGCAGUUAGCUUUUUUAAUUGCAGAUGGUGAAGCAUGUCGUGCGCCUGUAGAGGCCUCUCAAGAUCUGGUCUCGGGGGAACAUUUUGUAGAGAUAGAAGAAGGAAGAAGGGAAGGAAUAAUUUUUUAUUUAAUUUCUGCACUAUUUUUUUUUCAAUUGCCUGCAUGACUAAUAAUGAAAAUAUUUUGUGACUUUAAUUGGUAAAUAUGUUAACACGACCAAGUACUUAAUCUUUUACAUCAUGUCUUCAGCUAUUUGUAUUUUAAACAGUAAUUUCAAUGGUCUGAAGCAUGAUUGUGAGCUUCACACAAAUUCUACCUUACUGUGGAACUCAGAAGUUAAGACUGCUGGUUGGUGGGUCUUCAGGGCCCUGCAGUGGUGCAGGUGUGCAGGCACCUGUGCCUGAGUGCAGAGCUGCUUUUGAAAUUUGUUACAUUGAGCACAGCAAGUAACAAUGAUGGCAGCCAUUAAGGUCACAGAAGCAGUUGGGUAGAAGGCUCGAGCUUGCCCUUGUGUGUAAUCUGCUCCCUGCUUUGCAAUGGAGGGAGAGGUCCUGUGUGUUGUCACAACAGCUUUUGGCAAGUUUAGGGAAUCAGAAAUCCCCCAGGCUCUCCACGCUAAUAUGUGCUUGAGUUGUCACGUGCCAUAUUUGCUUUGAAGGCUUAGCCCGAACGUUUGCUAAAAUUCUGAAGAAACGGCCCAUUUUGAUCUACUUUCCUGAUUGUACACAUGUUGGUCCUCUGCUCGUUCAGCACAGUUUUCUGAAUGCCACUGGUUUGCAGCCAUCACUACACAAGGACGUUGAAUGAGAGAGUUGUUUUUCACCAUUAAAACCUGUAGAAACUUACUUUCUAAACUAAACUGUGAUGGAUGAGCUAUUCUAAUUCAAACAUACGGUUCUUCUUUUCUAUUAUUCAUCACCUGCAAGUCAUACAAUAGUAGUGAAGGCUUUGAAGAUGCCGUGUGCUUAUAAAUUAGUUGUCUAAAAGAAGUAGGCAGUUUUUAAUCGUGUACUUUUGGUUAUACAGAUACUUUGACAGUAUAAAUGUUUUACCCUUAUGCAUCUGGCCAGAUAUGACUUUGGAUUUCAUUGGAUUAGUUAAGUAGCCUAGCCUCAUGGUCCAAAGUAAGAUCAAAGACUAAAAUUACAUGCUGAAUCUUCAGAGAGCCUGGUUUACGCACUAACGUUCCGUGCCUUGGUCCAAUACUAACAUUGAUGUCUGUAGAGCUGGAGAAGCAGUGUUGAGCCAUGCUAAGCGGGCUCCUUCUGAGAACUUGAUUGGUUCUCCUCACAGUCCUGCCAUGGUUGGAGAUGUCAGCCGUUAGGUUGGGAAACACAAGCCUAUGUUACGGUCCUUAUCAGAACUGUGCAUUGGAAUUGCACUGCUGCUUGUGUGUUGGAUAUCCUCAGCCGAGUACAGCUUAGGACCCUUUCUCUCUGCAGGAAGGUACUGCUCUCAACACUGUGAUCUGACCUGCAACCACUCUGGAAAACAAACUGAAUGUACAAAUCCUAGUGCUGGCGCCGAAGUCUCUUCAGAACAGUCACCGUGAUCUAAAAGUUUGUUAGAAGUGUGCAAACAUUGGUGUCAAUCAAAACUGAAGGUGGAACACAAGAUGAAUGUUGAACUCUCAUGCCUUUUUAGGUUUCCCAGUUCCUGGCUAUUUUUAUCAUAACUGUUUCAUUUAAAUUUCUUACACGCUAACUUCAUUUGUGCAAUUGAAAUAAAGUUGCGGUAUAUACACACUG